GCUGACUCGCCGUGUCGUCGUUAGCAGCCGCGCGGCGUGCUAGUUUCGGCUUGCCGCUCCGACGUGACGGUAGUCUCUUUGUCGGCGUUCACUUUUAAUACUUGUGCGCCGAGUCGGCGUUUUUUCGCGAGUGAAUUUUACUGUAUAGUGCUACAAAAAAAAAAAAGAAAAAAUAGUGUUAACUCAAGUGCAAUCGACCUUGGAUUUAAGUUUUGUGAUUCUUCGUUUAGUGAGGAGAAAAAAAGUAGUUUCCUUUUUUUUGGUUACCAAGUGUUUUCUACAAAAGUUUGUACAGUGUUUUUUUUUUUAAAAGAAGAAUUAGUUUUUUGUUUUCAUUAUUUGGAUUACUUUUACACUUUCUUCGAGAAACAAAUUGGAAUUCUAUUUCUUCAUCUAUAAAAAGAUGGUGUUAAGAUCGUAGAUCUGGAGUCGUCACGAGAAGCGAUAAAGCUGAAGAGCUUAUCAAAGAUGUCAAUGAGAAUGAGCUAGCAAAAUGAGAGAAAUGAAGCAGCACCUGCUGCUCUCGUGGCCAUGGUUCUGGCUUUGGCUAUUGUCAGUCACAGCCGGUACUCCGUCAUCCAUCGACGGAUCAUUUGAAACGACACCAAUACCAACACCACCAUUACCAAUCAUUACAUCGACUAUAAUUUCACCUACAACAACAACAACAACAACAACAACAAUAGUACCGCCUAUCACCACAGAUUCAACAAUACCUUUUGAAGAUUUUCGUUUCACUGAAAUUAAUUAUAAUGUUUCAAUUUUGGAAAAUUCAAUUGGUAAAACAUAUGUUGUGCCAGAACAAAAAAUGGGUAUCCAAAUUUUCCAACAACAACAAGAAACGGUGGGCGAUAUUAAAUAUCGUAUAGUUGGUGGUGAUAAGGACAAAUUUUUUAAGGCUGAAGAACGUAUUAUUGGUGAUUUUUGUUUUUUAUUAAUUCGGACUAGAACCGGUAAUGUUGAUGUGUUAAAUCGUGAACGUAAUGAUAGAUAUAUAUUGGAAGUGCGCGCCACAUCGACUAGAAGGGACAAGAAUAAAAUAACAGUUUUAGAAGCUGAUACAACAGUUACUGUUUCAGUACUCGAUACAAAUGAUUUAAAUCCUCUAUUCUAUCCCACUGAGUAUGAGGCAACAGUUACAGAAGAUACACCAUUACAUCGUAGUAUCUUAAAAGUAACAGCCGAAGACGCUGAUUUUGGUAGAAAUGGAGAAAUUUAUUAUAGCUUCGCCGAAGAAACUGAUCAAUUUGCUAUACAUCCUGUUAGUGGAGUUAUUACACUCACGAGGCCUUUGAGAUACGUGGAGCGAGCAAUGCAUGAAUUUAUUGUUCUUGCAAAGGAUCGUGGUGCAAUGUACCGUAGCACUGGUGCAUCAAGAGCAAGCACAGCAAAAGUGACAAUUAGAGUACGUCAGGUAAAUCUUCAUGCACCAGAAAUUUAUGUUCAUCAUCUUCCCGAUAUAUUGGAACAUUCAAAUGCUGAUAUUUAUGCAAUUGUACGUGUUAUUGAUCGUGAUAGUGGUUCACAUGGUGAAAUUGGUAGUCUCGAGAUAGUUGGCGGUGAUCCGGAUGGUCAUUUUCGAGUGAGGCCAAGUUUAACACAAACUGGUGAAUAUAAUAUUGAGGUGCUACAUCUUUUGGAUCGUGAAACAGCACCACGUGGUUAUAAUUUAACACUACGUGCUGUUGAUCGUGGUAUUCCACAGCGUUUUAGCUAUAAAUCAUUACCAGUUCAUCUUACCGAUCUCAAUGACAAUGCACCGGUAUUUAGUCGUGAAAUUUAUGAAAUUAAAGUUCCUGAAACAGCGCCAAUUAAUACACCGGUGAUUAGAUUAAAAGUGAGUGAUGCCGAUGAGGGUAAGAAUGCGUUGGUAUUUUUGGAAAUAGUCGGUGGCAAUGAGGGUGGGGAAUUUUAUGUUAAUGCCGAUACUGGUAUGUUAUAUACGGCGGUGAAUUUAGAUGCAGAGAAAAAGGCAUUUUAUACAUUAACUGUCUCGGCGGUAGAUCAGGGGAAUGCAGGAACUAGAAAACAAUCAUCGGCUAAAGUGAAAAUUUACGUUGUCGAUACAAAUGAUAAUGAUCCAACUUUUGAACAAACUGAUAUGUUGGUUUGGAUUAAUGAAAAUGAACCCGCUGGUACAAUGGUUGUUAAAGUGACUGCCAAGGAUAAAGACGCCGGUGAGAAUGCCUAUAUUUCCUAUAGUAUUGAUAAUAUUAAAAAGGUACCAUUUGAAAUUGAUCCAUUCACUGGUGUGAUACGUACUAAACAGAUAUUGGAUUAUGAGACAAUGAAAAGGGAAUAUGUGUUACAUAUACGUGCUGGUGAUUGGGGUUUACCAUAUCAGCGUCGUACGGAAAUGAAAUUAAAAAUUAAAAUUCAUGACGUUAAUGAUAAUAGGCCACAAUUUGAAAAAUUUGAUUGUACUGGUCAUGUACCGAGAUAUGUACCAGUUGGUGGGGAAAUAAUAACAGUAUCGGCAAUUGAUUUUGAUGCGGGAAAUAUUAUUAGUUAUCGUAUUGUUUCUGGAAAUAGUGAUGGAUGUUUUGCAUUGGAUUCAAUAAGUGGUGUAUUGUCUGUAGCGUGUGAUCUUAAUGAUAUUAAAGAACAGGAAAGAAUGAUAAAUGUCACUGCAACUGAUGGGACACAUUUUGCCGAUGUUAAUAGUAUUGAUAUACAUUUUGUCACAGCAAAAAGAAAUUUACCAUCGCAGGGUAAAAUUUUAACUGAUGAAAGUGGUUCAUUUCAAUGUAAAGAUACGGGUGUUGCACGUCGUUUAACGGAUGCAAUUGCAUCGGCUGAAAAAAAUAAUAUGCCAUCGGCUGAAGAUGAAAGAUCAAUGAUGCCAAGUCGUUAUGGUGAUAAUGUACAUGCACCAGAAUUUAUUGAUUUUCCAAAUGAAAUAAAAGUUAAUGAAUCGGUGAAAAUUGGAACAACUGUUGUUAAAAUACGUGCUAGGGAUCGUGAUUUAGGUUAUAAUGGAAAAUUAGUAAUGGGCAUAUCGGGAGGCGAUAGAGAUUCGGUAUUUGGUAUUGAUGCAGAUACGGGAGAUUUGAAUAUAAUUGGACAUUUGGAUCGUGAGAAGGAGAGUGAAUAUUUUUUAAAUAUCAGUGUUUAUGAUUUGGGUAAACCGCAAAAAUCAUCGUCGCGUAUGUUGCCUGUGACUAUUUUGGAUGUUAAUGAUAAUGCACCGAAAUUUGAGAAAUCAUUGGCUAAAUUUCGUGUUUCGGAGAAUGCACUAAAUGGAACGAGUAUCUUUAGAGCAAAUGCAACUGACGCUGAUCUUGGUGAGAAUGCAAGAGUCACUUAUUCAUUGGUGACGGAUACAAAUGAUUUUCGCGUUGAUUCAGUGACGGGUGUUUUGAGUGUUUUUGGUAAAUUGGAUCGUGAGAGACAGGAAUUUUAUGAAUUGAGAAUACGAGCCAAGGAUAAUGGUGGUCAUGGUACAGAUGCACCGCCAUUGUUUUCCGAUGCUAUUGUCAGUGUUACUGUGGACGAUGUUAAUGAUAAUCCGCCAAUUUUUGCACUUCCAAAUUAUACAGUGAAAAUAAGGGAGGACGUGCCAGUUUGGAGUGUGGUUGCCGUUGUUGAGGCGACUGAUCCCGAUGAAGGACCAGGGGGAAAUGUCGAGUACUUUCUGUCUGACGCUAUGGAGAGUGAAGGAUUCUUCAAAGUAGACAAAGUGUCGGGAACUGUGAGGACAAAUCAAAGUUUAGAUUUUGAAGAGAGACAAGUUCAUACCCUAACAAUUAUUGGCGUCGAUCGUGGUGAACCGUCAUUAUCAUCGGAGACAAUGCUUAUUGUUGAAGUUGUUGAUGUUAAUGAAAAUCUUCAUGCGCCUGUGUUUGAUGAUUUUGUUGUGUCCGCGAGUAUUUUGGAAAAUCAACCAAUCGGUACAUUGGUGACAACUGUUCGCGCCAAAGAUGCUGAUCCACCUGGUGGCGAUUCAAGAAUUGGAUACAGUAUACGCGCUGGCGAUGGAAUUGGAUUGUUCACCAUUGACAAUGAAGGUUGUAUGACAGUUGUCGGAUAUGGCUCAAUGAUUUCCUGGAGUUCACCAGCACUACCAUUUUUAGAAAGUACAGAAUCAGACAUUAAAAUAACACUAAACCAAAGUUCAUGGAUAGCGUCUCUUAAUUUAAUUGGAUUAUCAAUAGGAUUCCUCUUGAAUCCACUUUUUAUCGAUCGAAUAGGACGAAAAUGGACAUUAAUUAUGUUUGCCGUGCCGCAAAUAAUUUCUUGGCUAAUGAUAAUUUUGGCAAAGAGUCACAUCACACUUUAUUGUGCGCGAUUGAUUGGAGGCGCUGGUUAUGGUGGUGGUCUCUGCGCAAUGUCAGUGUACAUGACAGAAAUUUGUAACAAGGAUAAUCGAGGAAUUUUCAUGCUUCUCAUUCGACUCUCAAAAGGUCUUGGCUGUACUCUGAUAAUGUUACUCGGUGCUUUUUUUACCUAUCAACAAAUGAAUUUUGUUCUUCUAAUGCUGCCAAUUUUGUUUCUUCUAAUUUUUUUCGCUAUGCCCGAUUGUCAAAGAAGAAUCGAAAAAGAGAAAUCGAAUUCUCAAGAAUGUGGUGUUUAUGUUAUUCAACAUCACUUGGAAUCCGCUAAUGAAAUAAAUAAAAAUUCUUCCAAAACGCCAGUGAAUAUCGAACCUGACAGAUUGGAAGAGCGUCAAGGAAUUAUUGUUUUUCUUCGGGAAACAAAUAUAUGGAAAUUAUUUUCAAAUUCAACAAACAGAAAAGCUUUGAUAAUUGUCAUAUCAACUGGAUUGUUGAGCACUCUAUCCGGACAAGUGGCUGUGGGAGCUUUUGGACAAAAAAUAUUUAGUUACAAAACCACGCCAAUGGAUCCAAAGAAGGCAAUGAUUUUAUGGUCCUCACUAAACGCUAUUACUUGUCUCGGUAGUAUGCAAGUAAUCGAAAGGAUAAAUCGAAGAAAUAUUUUAAUUUUCUCCGGAGUAAUUUCUUCCAUUUCGCUUUUUAUUAUUGGUGCAUAUUUUUAUGUUGAAGAAAGUAUUUUGUUAUCCUCCGAAUUAUCAGGAUGGAUACCAAUUAUUUUCCUGUCAUUUGUUUCUGUGUUUCUUACCAGUGGACCGAGUAAUUUAUUUACCAUCUAUCAAGGUGAAUUAUUUGCAAAUGAAGUGAAAAGUAUAGCAGUGACAGUUGUGAAACUAGUUAAUCCUUUUUUUAAAUUUUUGUCGGUAUAUUAUUUUCAAGAAUUGGAAACAAUUGUUUAUGUGUAUGGGAUAUUUUGGUGUUUCAGUAUUUGUUGUUUGUUAGGGACAAUUUUGAUUUAUCUAAUGGCUCCAGAAUCAAGAGGAAAGACGAUUGAAGAAAUUCAAGAAAAUUUGAAAAAAAGAUCAUUGUUUUACCGUAUUCACUAUUGUGGUUCACAAAAAGGAUGAUUUUCUUCAUAAAAAAUCUUAUUUUCAGUGCCGUCGGUCCGUUUGACUGUAUAUAGUUUUAAUAUUUUCUUUUUGUUAAAAGAAUUUUUUUUAAAUUAACUUCAUAAUAAAAAGGCUACCUUUUUUUUUUUAAUUGCGUACAACUCCGAAACUUUUGGUCAAAUAUUCUUACAAUGUUCGGCAAAAACAUUGCAUUUUAGUAGAUCUUUCGAACAAUAUGCGAGAAAUCUCGAAAUUUCAGUAAAUGUAAAAUGUAGAUUUUUUUCGGACUAAGGGGGAAAGAAGAUAAAAGAAACUGUGACACUUACGGUAUUAAAUUCGAAUUUAUUUUGCCAUAUAUUUUUUAAUUCAUUAUCAUAACUGGCUAAAUUAUAAUAUCCUUAUUGAAAUUGACAUAAACAGUCUUCUUACAAUGCUUGCUCCCUUGCA